CUGUUUCUCUAUGGUUUUAUUAUCUGUAAUUCAAUAUGUAGGAGGUGCCGUAGAAAGCGAGUAGUACAGUAUUUUUGUGAUUUGAAACGAGCUGUCGAAGAUGUGAUACUACGGCCGGAUCAGAAUACUCUCAACGAACUCGACAAACGUGACACUAUCGCUGCUCUCGACUUGUGUCAGCCGGAGCCAUCGCCACCACUACCAACUUGCGCUCCAUCGGCGGCUUCGAUGAACGCCUGUUCGUGUUCGAGCGAGACUGUGCCAGUGGACAUGCCCAGACCACCACCGCCGCUCUGCACGAGUACUAGUCUCGACACUAUUGUAAAUCGUCCCCAACCACUGCUCUAUCGGCAUUCAAGUGGUAUGUCACGACGACAAAGCCGUGUAUUGAUGACACUACAGUCGAAAAGGAAGCGCAGCAACUCAUUGACUAACUACCAGAAGACUUCCGGCACAUCUGUUUCACUGCCGCCAUCAGCUCGACAAACUCCAAUGCGAUUCGGAGAUGAUGAUGUCCAAAGGUUUCGCAACACUUCAACUUUUUUUUCCGUUUAUCGGCUUUUGACCUCUAUUAUGAAAACUUAUGGUUGUCAAAGUAGCAUGUUGAUAGAGAUAGUCAUACAGUGCGCAAGAGCAAGGUUCGACAGAGCGCUGGACCAACCGUGCCAUGUCUCACAUAACUUCGCUGACAUGAGAUCACUCCGCUCCACAAAGGCUGGUGCCUGCAUGUUGGGAAAACUCAGGAAUGUUUUAGCACGGGUAUCCCAGGACACCAGGGAGAAUUUACUCAGCAAGGAUUCAAGACCUUUUUUGAAGAAGGCAAAGUUUUCAAGUAGCAGCCGAACUCACACGUAA